AUGCCCCAGCAGGCGGGGCGCCCGACCUCCCCGGCCCCGCGGCCCUCCCCCGCCUUGGCCAGUGCAGUGGGCACAGCGCUGCAAGGCAGGGGAGGGCCACGGAGGGGGAAAGGAAGGGUGCCGCGCCCACCGGAGGCAUUUGCGCAGGGGUGUGCUCGAGCAACGCAGGCCAGCGAGCUGGGCCUGGGGAGGGCGAGCCCCCGUCCCCAGUGA